GAAGUUGCCAAGGGACGAGACGUUGGUCGUGCAAGCACAAGAAGGGGAGCGGAAGCUAGAAGCACGACCGAAGGCCGAGCCCGCCGAAGAAGUCGAGGAGGUGCUGCUCGACCCUCGAACACCCGAGCGGAAGGUGAAGGUCGGGGUGAGUCUGACCGGGAGCCAGCGGAAGCGCUUGAUGGACGUGCUCUCGGCCUAUCGCGUUAUCUUUGCCUGGGGACCUGGGGAUAUGCCAGGAGUAGAUCCCAAG